GCCGGAGGGGCCGGGCCUGCGCGCUCCGGGAACCUGCGGGCCGGGUGUGCGGGUGCGGCGGGAGGGGCUAGGAGCUGGUUUUCGUUUCCGUUUUACUGCUCUCAGUCUCAUCUCUAAAACCGGAAGGUGCAGGGGCAGAGCGACGGACAGACCCGCCCACUCUGUGCCGCACACGUCUAUGGCCAGGAGGGCGCCUAUUCCUCCCUGGAGCCCACCAAUUAAAGCGGUUUCGGGAUACUACCGUAUGGACAUAUCUCCCCAGAGUGAAAAAUCCUCGAUUCAGUGAUGCAAAGCCUUUCAGGGUUGGCUGGAAGCCACAGCCCAGCAUCCCAAUGCAGUCUGAAUCCGGCUGGUGUGAAGAGGAGACCCCUUCCCUCUUGUGGGGUUUGGAUCCUGUGUUUCUAGCCUUUGCAAAACUCUACAUCAGGGAUAUCCUGGACUUGAAGGAGUCCUGCCAGGUGCCAGGUGUAUUUUUUUACAACGGACAUCCAAUAAAGCAGGUAGAUGUCUUGGGAACUGUAAUUGGAGUGAGAGAAAGAGAUGCUUUCUACAGUUAUGGAGUGGACGAUAGCACUGGAGUUAUAAACUGCAUCUGCUGGAAAAAGUUGAGCAAUACCAAGUCUUCAUCAGCUGCUCCAACUGCAAGAGAGCUGAGCUUAACCUCACAGUUUAAGAAGCUGCAAGAGACCAUUGAGCAGAGAACAAAGAUAGAAAUUGGGGACGUUAUCCGGAUCAGAGGUUAUGUCCGCAUGUACAGAGAAGAGCGAGAAAUUCAUGCCACUGCUUAUUAUAAGGUGGACGAUCCAGUGUGCAACAUUCAAAUUGCAAGGAUGCUUGAGCUGCCCAAUAUCUACAGGAAAGUUUAUGACCAGCCUUUCCGCAGCCCGGCCCUAGAGAAAGAAGAGGCACUAAGCAGCAAUCCCGGAGCCCUGGACCUUGCCAGUCUCACAUGUUUGCUGAGUGAAAAAGCCAAAGAAUUCCUCGUGAAGAACAGAGUGCAAACCUUUUACCAGCAGGAAUUGGAAAUGGUGGACUCUCUGCUGUCCCUUGCCAACCAGCCUGUGAUUCACAGCGCCUGCUCUGAGCAAGUGGAUUUUAAGAAUGACACCACUCCCAAGGCAAUUCAUAGUAUAUUUAAGAAUGCUAUAAAGCUGCUGCAGGAAAAAGGACUCGUUUUCCAGAAAGAUGGUGGUUUUGACAACCUAUUCUAUGUAACCAGAGAAGACAAAGAACUGCACAGAAAGAUCCACCGUAUCAUUCAAGAAGACUGUCAGAAACCAAAUCACAUGGAGAAGGGCUGCCACUUCCUGCACAUCUUGGCCUGUGCCCGCCUGAGCCUCAGCCCGGGCCUGAGUGAAGCUGUGCUGCAGCAGGUGCUGGAGCUCCUGGAGGACCAGAGUGACAUCGUCAGCACCAUGGAGCACUACUACAUAGCCUUCUGAGGAGAGGCGGCAGGCAGCACGGGCAGAGCCGGGCCAAGUGGGGAAAGACCAGGUGCUGUUCACUCCCAGGCUCUGACUUAAACAUCAUGCAGAGGCUUAUAGGCCUGGAGGCAAUUAUCUCAUAAUAAACUAUGAAAUGGUCAUUUGAGGAAUGGAAUCUGGCAUAAAUUCUAUAGGCUGCCUUCUACCUGCUGUAUCCUUGGGACAAAAUAACUUGUAUCUCAGCCACGACAUACAAGAACACCCUCCCUGUUGGCCUCCUGACUGGACCAGGCAUCGCUCUGGGAGCAGACGGGGAGGAAGCCGUGUUGGUGGCUGAAUUGGUGUGUGUGGUUUGAGGUCUGUCGUGGUGAAAGGGCAUGAUGUGAUAAAGCCCAUGUACUGCGGGAACUGCAGAGCAUGCAGCCAGGUCACACAGAUCUGAAGCUUUUUAAAUCUUCAGACUGUCAGGUACAUUCUUGUGGCCUCUCUUGAUGGCACAUGGGGGACUAGUUCUCCUUGGGUGAGUGUCCUGAACUGCGAUUUCCGAGGGUCAAGCACCAGCAGCGGUUCCUGAGUACUGGGUUGAAGGCUGUUCAUAGACCCACCGAGACAUGGGAAUAGGGGUGCAAGGCAUGCCUCUGUUUGUCAUUUUCCUUAUUUUCCUUCAGAAUCGAAAGGUGUCUCAGUACAUUUCCCUGCACUUAAGGACAUAUGUAACUAAACGCCUUGUCCCUGAAUGCCCUUGAGUUCUCAGAGGCUGUCAGCCAACUGCCUGGCAGUGGUAGAUGUUAUUUUCAAGGUUGCGAUUGAAAGUGCAGGGCGUCCUGACACCAUUCAGACAAAGCCUCGCUAUGGGCCCAGACAGGUGGUGGAGUCAUGCUUUUACUCAGAAUAACAAGGUAAAGGGGAAAAUCUGAGAUAUGUAAUAGGCUUGUUCUAACAGCGAGAUGACAAAUCCAGCCAGCAAAAAUAAAGUAUGGAGAAAGAUUUGGAGUUAAUUACAGUCAUUUCACA